AUGAUGUACCCCAAGAAGCUAAUGAAGAUUGCGAGUAAGUGGGAAAAACUAGCAGCUUCUGGCAGGAAAAGAAUUUUGCAUUUGGGAGAUAACGUGGAGAUCAAUUCAUCAUUAGCACCAGAGAAAGGACAUUUUGUCAUCCAAACGACUGAUGGAGGGCGUUUCACUGUUCCUUUGCAGUGUCUCCGUAGCAACAUCUUCCAAGAGCUCUUUAGGAAAUCUGAACAAGAGUUUGGCUCGUUGGGGGACGGCUCUAUCACUGCGCACUGUGAUGCAGCUUCCAUGGAGUACAUAGUAUCGCUCGUGUGGAGAUGCGUAGCGAAAGACAUAGAAAAAGCUUUACUCAACUGCAUUGCAUUCACGCCGUGCUCGUUGGUCACUGCUGCUCAUACCAACUGUGUGGAUCGGCAAGUUUCUUUUCUUGGCCAGUGA